AUGUGCUACUACGGAGGAUAUUAUGGAGGCCUGGGCUAUGGCUGUGGUGGCCUAGGCUGUGGCUAUGGCUGUGGCUAUGGUGGCUAUGGUGGCUAUGGAUAUGGCUGCUGCCGCCCACUGUGCUGUGGAAGAUACUGGUCUUAUGGCUUCUACUGA